UCAGCAGUUCCACUUCACUGUCACUAGCGUUCGACGUUACUAAAGGCACGGUGGACAAGCACUUUUUGCUUUUCUAGUCUACGGACUUAAAGGCAUUGAAAAAGCGUUGUGGAACAACCGGCAUAUCGAUGAACGGAAUCUCGGCCCAGUUUAUUUCCCAACUAGUGAGGAUCUCCAUGAAGUUGCACUCUGGAUUUUCAGUUUCUUCAGCGGCAGGUCGAGUACCUGUCUAGGUCCAACAGCCAGAAUGAAAGAACCGUGCAUCCCUAUGACGGUAUUGCCUGCAUCGUUGGUCCAGUGGGCCAUCGUCCUGUCUGGGGUCUGUCUCAGCUCCAGUGACGUCAUCAUGACGCCAGCAGAAAAUCAGCUAUGGAGUACGUCACAAAUUAACAUAGGAGGACAAGAUGUACCGAUAACAAAAUCUCCACAUUCAUGGUCACCGCCUGAACGAUUACCAAAGCUACAAAUGUCGUAUUGGGAGGAAUCGGAAAUUGAAGUCGAUGACAAUGAAACAUCUGUUACUAACAUACCAAAGACAGCAGAAGUAUACCAGUAUGAAGGAAACUCACAUCUUUCAGUAGGGGUCGCUGCAGCAAUUGCCGUGGGCGUGUCUUUCCCAGUGGGCGUGGUUCUUGGUGUCCUGGUCACAAUCGUCUGCUGCAAAUGCAAAAAGAGGGCGACACCUUCCACCCCCUGUAGACACAUGAAGCGUCGGUCAACUUACGCAAGGACUGAAAUACGUGGAAUCCCACACAUACUGGCGAGCACCGGCUCUUUAAGUCCUUCUCAUCUGGGCCUCAGCGGAACUGGCAAGCAUGAAGGGGAUGUUUGCGGGCACCACGAAUGUAGCCCUACGCGUUGCACGCACAGCUCGACUCUGAAUCAAAACAUGGCAAAACGCAAUCAAAACGAAACUACGGAUAUAAAUGUUGAAGUCGGGCGUGCCUCCAGUGACCCGGAUUAUCAUCCGUAUCUAGAUCUUAUUGGAUCGCAGGUUGAAAAGAACACGAUAUUCUAUGCUUACACCAACGUCGCCGAAACUGAAAGUGCGUGCGCCCACGUGCACGAAUGUGACGAGGACGAAUACGACACAUGCGCGUAUGAGAUAAUAGAGCCCAGCUCAUUGCAGUGUGAAUGCACUGAUCAUAACGAAGACUAUAAUGGAGCUCACCAGAUGGCGCCACGCGAGACAGAAGGCAUAUUUAAGACAAAGAUUCACUUUGAACUUUCCUGUUGAUUCAUAACCACUCAGUUACGAAAAAUAUCAAACCGUUUCCUUUUCAUACCUUACACAUUAUCCAGAUAAGAAAACGCUCAACAAUUAAUUAAAAUAAUUAAUUAAUUAUGAUGAGAUUGGGACAACGGGAUUUCUUCAACGUUGCUAUAUAAAAAAAUGCGCUUUCAUUUGAAAUUAGAAUAGAACUGCAAUCCUGAGGGAAGUAAAGACUAAGCCUCAAUGGGACAUAUUCAUUACAAGGAAUGGCUUUUUAUACGAAAGUUGGGAUUUGCUUUAUGUGAAAACUUGACAACUUUUAGCAUCACGAAUCUUGUUGGAUAUCACUGUCUUUUAUCAACGAACACAAAAAUUACAACUGAAUCAAUCAAUUCAUCAAUUAAUCAGUUCCAUAGGGUAACAAAACAGGAACGCUAUCAACUGCCCGGAUAUAUAAAUGACCAAACUGAUAGUUACGUUCGCACUGAAGCUGUCUAAAAAUAAUGAACGGCCAUUUUAACAAUGAGAGUGUGCAAUAUGUUUUGGUGCAAUAUCAUAUGAUGCUUAACAACAUAGUCAUCGCCAUAUGCAUUUGUCACUAUAUUACUGUUAUUGUGGCCAUUCAGAAAAUAAGACUAGCAGAGGGCUUCAGUCCCACGGGAAUUGAUUCUAACACCAAGAAAUGCUAAUUUGUAAUAAUU